GCGUUGAAAAUAGGAUAUGCGGAAGUCACAAACGAAAGGAAGCUGGAGAAAUGUGUUCUUAGAGAUGUAACAUGUGAAUUGUUGCAGAAAGAGUAUAAAUAUGCCUAGCAUUGUGCUUCUUGAUGCGUCGUUGUCAAUGGCAAGACCAUUGCCAGCGACUGAAGGCAGUGAAGAGUAUCAAAGACGCCAUCUUGCCCAACAUGGUAUCACAACAUUGUUAGACUACAUGGCUGCCAACAGUCGGUUGGAAUUUACAGCAUUAGCUGCGUUCUCAUCUCUGUGGGAAUUGGUUGUUCCAUUUACAAGGGACUACAAUCAGUUGAAGAGUUCCUUGUUAAAGCUUGAAGUCUAUGAUAAGACAAUGAUGGAAACUGCAUUGGCUGGUGUCAGUACAAUUAUAUUGGAUGAGUGGGGGUCUGCAACUCCAUGCCAGUUGAUUUUGGUGACAGAUGGCAGGGUUGGUAUUGGAGCCGGGUCUCUCAAACACAUGCUAGAUCAUUAUAAACCUGCAAAGGAACAAAGUUUACCGAUACCUUUCCCGUUUCCAUGCAAGAUACAAGUGAUGCUGAUUUGCAGUCAAGCUGAAGCUCUGCAAUCUGGUACAUUGAAUCUGUUUCAAAAACUCAUUGAUAUUAAUAACGGCGGUGGGAAUGUACAUUUCCCAGAAGGUGGGCUCAGUCUGAAGAGCGUGCAGCAAAUGUUUUUAAAGUUUGCCGAAAGUGCAUACGCACCAUUUUAUGGCACGCUGAGAUGUGGACAUUUGAAAUCUGACAUUCAGUUGGCUCCAGCUCCCGAGAGGUACUACAAAAAACACGACUUUAAGGUAGUCGAUAAAGUGAUGUCACCUGACUUAGAAAUAUGCUCCUUCUUAGACAUCGGAGACGUCAGUAGUCCGCCAGCGAUAUCACGACAUUUGGUCUUACCGACAUCCACAAAAGAUAGUUCCUCCAAAGAUGGUGAAGAAGAAGACACAACAGAAGACGGCAAGAUACCUUCAUUUUGCGUUCUCCUCCAUGGAAGUCUGAAAGUUGAGAAUAUGGUUGCCAUAGUACAGCUUGGAUUUUUGAAAAUGAUGUAUCGUUUCAUUUCAGACUAUGAAGUACAUCCCUAUGGUGAAGACGACUCAAAGACCCCAUUUCCUGUCAGACCUCUAGAGAAGAGAAGUUACGCACAGAACACUGUUGUUUGGAUUAAACCUAGUGGAUUGCAGGCUGACAUUCAGAAAGUUUUAAGACAAGCCCGAAAACUGCCAGACAAACAGCAAGCAUUUUAUAAAGAAUUGAACAGACUGAGAAAAGCAGCCUUGUCUAUUGGCUUUUUAGAACUUCUGGAAGGUGUGGCAUCUAUGCUAGAAAGAGAGUGUACUUUGCUUCCAGGAACCGCCCAUCCUGACGCUGCCUUGCAGCUGACACAUGCAGCUAAAUUAUUAAGAUUAUCAGCUGAAAGAGACAUUUUACAGAAUAUUACUCCACUCCAGACAAAUUUUACAGAAAAUGAUUAAAGUUAGGGAUCACUUUUGCAUUAGGACUCCCUCUGGUGCCAAUAUUAAGGAAUUUGGAUAGGUUUAUAAUAUCAAGCAUUUUGUCAUUAUAUGAUCAGUAAUAAAAUGUGCAUUUAUUGUGAAAA